UGAAAGUCAGAGCAGCAGCUGGAUGGUCAGGAGAGAUGGCCUCACAUCUGGAGGAAGCCAAGAGCUCGGAUGAGGAGGAGUUUAUCGCUGAUAAGAGAAGAGAGAAGAUGCCAGUAUUAAAGAAGAGACGUAUUUUUGACAGUUUGGAAGAGCCUGGGUCUAUCAAGAGGGCCAGAAGGAGGACAUCUACUAAGUCCAAUAAAGUAGGUAGCAAAAGGAGUUUGCGUAUGGAGGAUGGCUGCAUUGUGAUCAGCUCAGAUGAUGGCAGCCAGGAAAAUACCAACCAAAAGUACGAUAAGAGCAGGAAGAGACAGGGCAAGGUUGAGGAGAGUUGUAUUAACAGCAGAAAAAUUGCAGACAGGAAGAGAAGGAGAACAUCUGGAGAGGACAUACAGAGAGGACAUGGUGUCCAUAGGCUGGAGGAUGGCUACAUUGUGAUAAGCUCUGAUGAUGGGCAGGAUAAUAUUAACAGAAAGAGCGCUAAGAGCAGGAGGAUACAGGGAAAGGUUGAAAAGAGUUGUAUUAACAGCAGGAAAGAUGCAGAUGGCAAGAGUAGGAGAACAUCUGGAGAUGACAUACAGAAGGAACAUGGUGACUGUGGGAGUCAGGAACGAGCAGGAGGAAGUGGUGAUCAGGAAGCUGGCCCUGGCCAUGGCGAUACAGCCUCUAUAUACAUCAAGAGGCUGUCCUUCUUGUAUGAGCUCGGCCAGGGCAACUUCGGGAAGGUCGUGUUGGCUGAGGACUCUGUCACUGGUCUGCAACUGGCUGUGAAGAUCAUUAGAAAGAAAGAUCUGCCGUUGGAGGACCGGGAGGAGGUGUUGGUGGAGCGCAGGGUGCUGGAGGUUGCGUCUGGUAGUCCUUUCCUCAUUCAUGCUCACCUUGCAUUCCAGACCCCGGUAUGGUGUUCUUCUUAUUAG